UUGCAAACAAAAUUAUCAGUUUUACUAUACGACAUACAUAAAAAUAUUGUUAUUCUUCCUCGAAUCUGAACGACGUUUUCAACCGACAACUCAUCUUGCAUUUUAAGUGGAAAGCUUACUUUCGGUUAUUAUUUCUACUGUUUUGAAAAGAAAAUCGACUCACCUCGGCAUCAUGAAAAGUUACUCUGGAGAUUCGUGUACUAAGCGAGCAUGCUUGCAUUGCGGACAAUCGGAGAGAUCGGCGAUGGAAAAUAAAUCUGCGGGCUGUCGGGAGCCGCAUCCACGGUCAAACUCGACGACAAAGUCCCCUUCUUUCAUCAGAUUCGGUCUUGUUGCUCUGGUUUUCAUAUCUUUGAUAAUACUUUCCAGUGUACAUACAACGGAGAGUAGACGAUUGAGAAAGAACAAAAACAAAGAUGCGGGGGAAAACGAUAUUGUCGUUAAUGAGGAAGCAAAAGCUAGUCGGCGACGAGCUGGCAAAGAGAAGGGAAGAGGAAAAAUACUCAAAACAAGUGAGAAAGCACUCAUCAUCACUGAGAAAAGAUAUCUGAAAAGUGAUUGGUGCAAAUCUAGACCUUUGAAACUGGUUGUCCGUUCAAAAAAUGGCUGCAAAGGAUUCUUCAUCAACAACUUUUGUUACGGACAAUGUAACUCGUUCUACAUUCCAAGAAAUCUAACUCCGGAUGAAAAGGAACCUGCAGCUUUCAAAUCAUGCUCUUUUUGUAAACCACAUAUCAUUGAAAAAGUCUCCGUCACUUUAACCUGCUCACGAAACAGAGGAAAGAGAGGAAAGUACAUCAAACGAAUUGUCAACAAAAUAAAGGAAUGUCGUUGCAUUGCGGUACCCGAUGUCGAAUCUCACGUAGCCGAACCGUCACCAUCGACUUCUUCAACGUCAGAUUCGACCACAUCAUCAGAGCCAAAACGGUAGUGGACAAGUGGAUAGUAAACUGUCAAUAUUGUCCAAUGACAUGCCAAAGAUCGCAAAACGCGUUACGCCACGAGGCUGAUUUUAUCGGAUUCUACCUCUACAAGACAAACUGAUGACGGGACGUUACAAAAUAUGACGUCACGAUACUCUGACGUCAGCGAAGGGAAUAAUGUUGGCGAUCAGAUGGGACAGAGUCCCGUGCAAACUUUUACCAAACCUUGCGCCACGCGCAUUCGCAUUAUUAACUUUGCACCACCACUGACGCGCGAAUCGUUAAUCUAAUAAUUUUUUGACUCCAAAUAAUUAGUCCAUCACCACAAACAUCCUGAAAAUCCAAGGGAUUUUAAACCACUGCUGUCACAAAUUGUCGCCAUUUGGCAAUAAUUAUCCGCGUAUUAAGAAAGUAAUUUGGCCUCCAUCACUUAGCGCGAGUUUUUAAACCAUUACUACAACAAUUAGCUAAAUAGUCAAUGUUUCUGAAGUACCUUCGUGACCGUUUUCGAAAGUGGUCAUUUUCGAAACUUUAGAACUUGCAAAGCUUUUCUAUGAAACAUAUGAGCACAUGCACAUUUUGCUCUAUUAUUUUAGAUUCUAUCAUAUUUGCUUUUAAUAAAUUGUAAAAUUUGCUACUUUUAUUUUUCAUCAUUAUCACAAACGAUGACACCAUGGUGGUCAAGAAUUAAUAUUUGCUUUGGCGCACGCUCACGAAUUCAACUUACCGUUCGAAAUUUGAUUAUAGACUAACUAUACAUUUACAAUUGCUUAGCACUUCUCCAUUAAGAGUUACUUUUAUUGAUGUGUUAAUAGUUACAUUUGGCGACAAAUUCUGUUGUAUUGUAUAUUGCAAAAAGUUUUAUUUCGGCUUCGAGGUGUCCAAUAGAAAUACUGGGUAUUCUCAUGUAAAAUUUCAAAUAAAAAGAGGUUUAAGAUAAAGUUUUUUUGGUUGUUAUCCUCAAAAAUUUAUUGUGACAAAAACACGUAAAAUCUCAAUAUUCAGAAAAUCCAGUGCGGUAAUCCAACUUUGAAUAGGAUUUCGACUUCAUUUUUACUUUGUUAAUUUUUUUAUAUAAUUAAUUAAUGAAAAUUGUUGUCCUGAUUAUGAAUGAAUGUAAAGAGUUAUCAAAUGUAUUAUUGUGAAGGUGUAUUAUAAACCAAAAGUUUGCCAUUCUAUCUGUUUUAACAAAGUUGUAGAAUCUCCCACAAUUAGCCGCGGAUCAUCGCUUGAAAUAGUAUAUGGUUUGAAUCUGCUUCUAUUCCCCACUAUCUGUGAUAUUCACAUGGAGAGCUCUCUGUAUCUGGCGUACUAGUUGCACAUAAUAUAGUCAGGUCGCUUUGGUUUUAUUUCUCUUUUUUUUUCUAAUUUUAAAUGAUAUUUUACUGCUUUUUAUUAUUAUUUUAUACAUUGAUGCUAAAACGUUAUUAUUUAACGUUUUUUUACCUUUCACUUUUUUAAUUAUUUUAUCAUUUUUUUUAUUGAAUUUAAUUAUUAUCGAGCGAUACAUUCAUGUUCAACGUAUUUAUUAUUUGCAGUUUUCAAUAAAUUCAUUCAGAAAUAUUUUUAGUAAUUUAUGUUCGAUCAAUCUUGUGUUAUCAAUGCCACAUAUUUGGUCGAAAAAAUUUCCAGUUGAAACAUCUGAUUGUAUAAAUAUGCGUUUGUUGUAAACUGUUGCUAAAAUAAAAAUUAAUAAAUCAA